UUCAUGAUCUUGAAAUAAGCAAGAUGCCUUUAGUAGUAAGCCUCGAGAAGAUUUUGGGACCGGCAGGUGUCUACAAGCGCCCGUUUUAUGACGACAAUUACAUAGACAGAAUGAGCUACUACUACACAAACAUGUUCCUCCUCUUCUACGUCAUGCUAUCCGUCACGGAAGAGUGGUUCAAAUUUCCGGUCAAGUGUUUUUGUCCAGUAACCUUCACUCCUGAGGAGGUCAUUUAUACAAAUCAUCUAUGCUGGGUUGAGAAAAUGUACUUUGUUCCCUGGAAUAGGACUAUUCCAAGUGAUUACGACAUCCGACAACUGGAGAUGCAAAUUCAGUACUACCAGUACGUUCCUGUCACGUGUUUGAUGAUGGCGUUUCUGUUUUAUCUACCCAGGCUUGUCUGGAAGCAGUGCACCAAUUCCAGUGGAUUGAAGCUGAAGAAGCUUAUAGAGAUGGCGAGAUCUUACCAACUGGAUGACGAUCAGACUCUCAUGGAAAAUGAACUGAAGUUUCAGUACGGUUUGACUGACACCGAUCCUUAUGGUGACGAAAGGCGAAAGGACGUGGUCAGAACGCUCACUGAGUACAUAGACUUGUACUGUGCCAAGGUACAACCUUACAGAGCUGGUGCACUUCCUUCGUUACGGGAACGUUUCGGGAGUCUGUGUUACCUUGGUGUGGGCAGACAUUAUGGUAACUUCUUUCCUGCUCUUCAGAUUGGUGUCCGAGCUCUUUACUUUCUGACUGCCUUCGGUCAUCUAUGGUUUUUGAACGCAUUUAUUGGAAAUGAGUUCGCUUUCUAUGGAUAUGAGGUCGUAAUGCGGUUUUUGCGGGGUGAAGAGAAUUAUAUCGGAACUUCUCGGUUCCCCAUCGUCACAUUAUGUGAUCUGGAGAUCAGAAGAAUGUUUACGUUUUAUCGGUAUACCAUACAAUGUGUUAUCCCUAUCAACAUCUUCAAUGAAAAGUUCUUCCUUUUUCUUUGGUGUUGGCUCGUUGUUCUUUCUUUGUUGUCUUUCUUAAAUCUAUUUAUAUCCAUUGGCAAAUUUGUCACCCAUUACACGAACAGAUCGUUUUUGAAGAAGUAUCUUGCAAUAAAUGGCAUUUAUUGUCGAGGUGAAAAGUCCAUGAAAAUUCCAAUCAGACGAUUUUACAAUCAUUUGAAACAGGAUGGCGUUUUUAUUCUUCGCUUAUUAGCGCAGACGACAAAUACAGUUGUCGUCACGGAAGUAAUGAGGGAAUUGUGGGAGAAGUUUCGGGAGAGAGAGUUGGAGGAAAACGAUCCGAAUUUCGAGAAAAACAAUAACAAGAAAUUUCCACAGACCACUGGCGUUGUGAGAUUCGAUAACACAGUGAUACACGUCGACGGAACCGGGUCACUCUCUUACUGUUCAGAAAGGGACCUCGUUACCAGAUUUAGAAAAGAAACUUUUGUUUGA